GCCAACGGCUCCCCCUGUCCGCUCUGGGACCUUAGUCCCGCCCGCCAUUUGACCCGUUCCUUCUGAACUGCAUCUCAGACUACGCCCCUUUCCUCACCUUUUGAGCCAGGUUUCUUGUACCUCCCGGCCCUAGCACCCCGGCAGGGGCCUGGUAAUUCACUGUAAUAGCCGGAACCCUUCACAAAUCCCGGAGAGGAAACCACUUUUGCAUUGCCAGACUGGAGGAAGUAAUGGUCCUUCUGAAAACUGUGAUGAAGAGCUGCAUCUCUACGAACCUCCCCCAGGACCGAUUCCACCCCGUGUAGAAUUUCUGUAGGGGUCGAUUAGGUUUCCCUGUGCCCGGUGGGCUUGCGUCCAACUUGGCCACAUUCUUCCCAACCCUGGGCAUCCAGUCUGAGAACAAGCUUGGCUGAAAAAGGGAUGCAAACUCGGUUGAUGUAAGUGGUGGCUUGGAGACGGAAUCCUCUAAUGGAAAAGAUACACUAGAAGGUGCUGGGGAUACUUCAGAGGUGAUGGAUACUCAGGCGGGCUCCGUGGAUGAAGAGAAUGGCCGGCAAUUGGGAGAGGUGGAGCUACAGUGUGGAAUAUGUACAAAGUGGUUCACAGCAGACACGUUCGGCAUAGAUACCUCAUCCUGUCUACCUUUCAUGACCAACUACAGUUUCCACUGCAAUGUGUGCCAUCAUAGUGGGAAUACGUAUUUCCUCCGGAAGCAAGCAAACUUGAAGGAAAUGUGCCUUAGUGCUUUGGCCAACCUAACGUGGCAGUCUCGAACACAGGACGAACACCCAAAAACCAUGUUCUCCAAGGAUAAGGAUAUCAUACCAUUUAUUGAUAAAUACUGGGAGUGCAUGACGACCAGACAGAGACCUGGGAAAAUGACUUGGCCAAAUAACAUUGUUAAAACAAUGAGUAAAGAAAGAGAUGUGUUCUUAGUAAAGGAACACCCUGAUCCCGGGAGUAAGGACCCAGAAGAAGAUUACCCCAAGUUUGGCCUUCUGGAUCAGGAUCUUAGUAACAUUGGUCCUGCUUAUGACAACCAAAAACAAAGCAGCACUGUUUCUACCAGUGGGAAUCUAAAUGGUGGAGCCUCUUUUGGAGGAGGAAUUGCAGCAGGAAGCAGUGGGAAAGGAAGAGGCGCUAAGCGCAAGCAGCAGGAUGGCGGAACCACGGGGACCACCAAGAAGGCCCGGAGUGACCCCUUGUUUUCUGCUCAGCGCCUUCCCCCUCAUGGCUACCCAUUGGAACACCCAUUUAACAAAGACGGCUAUCGGUAUAUUCUAGCGGAGCCCGAUCCCCAUGCCCCAGACCCUGAGAAGCUCGAACUUGACUGCUGGGCAGGAAAACCAAUUCCUGGAGACCUCUACAGAGCCUGCUUAUAUGAACGGGUUUUGUUAGCUCUACAUGAUCGAGCUCCCCAGUUAAAGAUCUCUGAUGACCGGCUGACUGUGGUUGGAGAGAAGGGCUAUUCCAUGGUUCGGGCUUCUCAUGGGGUUCGGAAGGGUGCCUGGUACUUUGAAAUCACGGUGGAUGAGAUGCCGCCAGACACUGCUGCCAGACUGGGCUGGUCCCAGCCCUUAGGUAACCUUCAAGCUCCCUUAGGUUAUGAUAAAUUUAGCUAUUCUUGGCGGAGCAAAAAAGGAACCAAGUUCCACCAGUCCAUUGGCAAACACUACUCUUCUGGCUAUGGACAGGGAGACGUCCUAGGGUUUUAUAUCAAUCUUCCCGAAGACACGGAGACAGCCAAGUCACUACCUGAUACCUAUAAAGAUAAGGCUUUGAUAAAGUUCAAGAGUUAUUUGUAUUUUGAAGAAAAAGACUUCGUGGAUAAAGCAGAGAAGAGCCUAAAGCAGACUCCCCAUAGUGAGAUCAUUUUUUAUAAAAAUGGUGUCAACCAAGGCGUGGCUUACAAAGAUAUUUUCGAGGGGGUUUACUUUCCGGCCAUCUCACUGUACAAGAGCUGCACGGUCUCCAUUAACUUUGGACCAUGCUUCAAGUAUCCGCCGAAGGAUCUGGCUUACCGCCCCAUGAGUGACAUGGGCUGGGGCGCCGUGGUCGAACACACUCUGGCUGAUGUUUUGUAUCACGUGGAGACAGAAGUGGAUGGGAGGCGGAGUCCCCCGUGGGAACCCUGACCAAGCCCCCUUUUCUUUGCAGACACGGACUUUUCUGGGGAAUAAUAUGAGGGGGUUUUGUUUUUGUUUUUCACCUGUUGCAAAUGUUUUCCCGAAGACAGUGCAGAACACAGCCUCUGCUGUAGCAAGGUAAAGGCCAGGUGGCCCUGGGAGACUCCCUUCAGUGACGGCCCUCACUCUGCGCCACAGCCCAGCGGCUGCUGGCCUGCAAUCCCUUCAGUGCCCUGCACACUGGGGCUGUACCACCUACUCCGCCAGCUGGGACUUGUUAUCUUAUGGCGUUGUCUAAGAAAUGGGUGAUCUUGUCCAAGCAGCUAACUUAUUUAAAGGCAUUUACUUCUAUGAGCAUCACCUCCAUCCCACCAGAUUCCCAAGGAGGUGGUGGGCCUAUUUCCCAGAACAGCUGAAAUCAGUGGCUAUAUUCUAAACCUGUCUAAAAGCCUUUUCCUUUUGGUGUGGGUGUGUCUUUAUUAUUAAUUUCGAGAUAUGCUUUUGAACACUGGGAUCUCUGAAGCUACUAGGUCUGUAGAACUGUAAUUGUGAAAGGAACUUGCUUGCAGCUUUAACAAUUAGAAACUUUCCAAAUAAAACUUGUCUUUGAGUGUGUGGGGCACUUUGCUUCCCUAUCAGGUUGAGGUCUCUGUGGUGACAACUUCGGAAAGGUGGCCAUUCUGAGGAAGGGGAGCUAGCCUUGGAAUAAAGAGACAGGUUUCUCUCUCCACA